AUGUCUCUCUACUUCCCUGGCGUUGCUCUCCUGACAGGGGCGGCUUCUGGAAUCGGCCGCGGUGUCGCGCUUGCGUUUGCCAAGGAUGGAUGCCGCAAAAUUGCCAUCUGUGACUUCAACGUUGCUGGGCUCGAGGAGACCAAGGCGCUCAUUGCCGAGAUCUCGCCCGAAGCCGACGUUCUCGUGGUCGGGGUAGACUUGAGAGACGAGCAGGCUGUGGAAAAAAUGAUGGCCACUGCGGUGGCAGAGUUCCAGCGCAUAGACUACGCGGUAAAUGUGGCAGGCGUGGAAGGAGACAACCUCGGCUCCGCAGAGUCUACCUCCAAGGCCUUCGACCACGUCAACAGCGUCAACUACCGUGGCUGUUGGCUGUCCUCGAGAUCCGAGAUCAUCCAAAUGCGCAAGCAAGAACCCCUGGCCACCCAUGACGGGAGGCUGGGGAACCGCGGUUCCGUUGUAAACAUUGCGAGUCAGCUCGCGCUUGUUGGGCGGCCAGAAGCGGCGGCGUAUUGUGCGUCGAAAUCCGCCGUGCUUGCUCUUACUAGGUGUGAUGCAAUAGAUUACUCGCGCGACAACAUCCGGAUCAAUGCCGUUUGUCCUGGCCUCACUCACACUCCGAUGCUGGAUAGGCAGCUCGAGCUGUACAAACCCGCCAUUUUACGGGCUCCAUUGGAGCGGCCGGGGACGGUGCAGGAAGUUGCAGACGUUGUCUUAUUUCUGUGCAGCAGUCGGGCUACUUUUGUCCAGGGGGCAGCGUAUGUGGUCGAUGGGGGUUAUACCAUUAUUUAG